AUGCCAUCCAAGAACUACAACAUCCUCGUCCUGCCCGGCGACGGCAUCGGACCCGAGGUCAUGACCGAAGCGACAAAGGUCCUAUCGGCAUUCAACACCCAGACUACCCAAUUCAACCUGCAAGAGGAACUAAUCGGGGGAAUCAGCAUCGACACGCACGGGCAGUCGGUCACCCAGUCCGUCAAAGACGCUGCAGUCGCCGCAGACGCCGUGCUCUUCGCUGCCGUCGGAGGCCCGAAGUGGGAUCAUAUCCGACGGGGGCUGGACGGGCCAGAGGGUGGAUUGCUGCAGGUGCGCAAGGCCAUGGAUAUCUAUGCGAACCUGAGGCCUUGCUCUGUUGAUAUGCCGAGUCGGGAGAUCGCGAGGGAUUUCAGCCCGUUUCGGCAGGAUGUUAUCGAGGGGGUGGACUUUGUUGUUGUGAGAGAGAACUGUGGCGGUGCUUAUUUUGGGAAGAAGGUGGAAGAGGAGAAUUACGCAAUGGACGAAUGGGGUUAUUCCACCGCUGAAAUCCAACGCAUCACUCGUCUCUCAGCAGAACUGGCCCUCCGCCAUGACCCUCCAUGGCCGGUGAUUUCCCUCGAUAAAGCCAACGUCCUCGCUUCAUCUCGUCUCUGGCGCCGUGUCGUCGAGAAGACCAUGGUCGAAGAAUACCCCCAGGUGAAACUAAUCCACCAACUCGCGGACUCGGCCUCCCUAAUCAUGGCGACGAACCCGCGGGUUUUGAACGGCGUUAUCCUGGCGGAUAAUACCUUUGGCGAUAUGGUUUCUGACCAGGCUGGCUCACUGGUUGGCACGCUGGGUGUCUUGCCGAGUGCCAGUUUGGAUGGACUGCCUCGUCCGGGCGAGCAUCAGAAGGUGCAUGGGCUUUAUGAACCGACCCAUGGGUCUGCUCCGACAAUUGCCGGGAAGAACAUCGCUAACCCGACUGCUAUGAUUCUCUGCGUCGCGCUGAUGUUCCGAUACUCCUUCAACAUGGAGAAAGAGGCGCGUCAAAUAGAAGAUGCAGUGCGGACUGUCCUGGACAAGGGAAUCCGUACGUCUGACCUGGGAGGUAAAGCAGGAACUAAAGAGUUUGGAGACGCUGUAGUUGCAGCACUGCAGGGAGCACAGUCGUAG